CUGAUCGGUAAACAUGACUUUAGAAUUUAUACACCUCACGACAUAUUAUCACUAUAUUUCUAAUUCGUUUUAGUCCACAUUUACUGGAUUACUUUUUCUCUGCUCUAUGGUCCGGUUUAUAUUGGAGGUGACUUUCUUCUACACUAACCAUGUCUUGGAAUUGUAUACAUGAAUGCAGAAUGGGUAGGGGUGGGACCAUGGGCACAUUCAGUCAAAUGGGCCCAAUGUUUUUACAUAUUCUUACUUGUGUGCCAACAAUUUGGUUUGGUUAAUAUUCAGAAAUUCGCUGACUCCAUGGAUCCUUGUAAACUGGAGGAAGAUGAGAGGUUUGAGCCUCCUCCUUCUCCUCCCAUCCCUGCAUUUAAUCUGUCUCACUUCGAUUUCUUGGAACCAGUUGGUAUGAAAGAUGACAUAUCCCCGUCCCAGAAAAAGCUAUCUAGUUUUUGGUGGAAAAAAUUGAAGUGGCAGUUGUAAUACUUUGGCUUCUUGGAGUUGUCUCAUGAUUCCAGUCCCCAGAUUUUGGACUUGGACAAAGCUUAGGAGAUAGGGACAAUUUUGAAGUUAUUUGUAAAGUUACACAAGUGAUACCCGAAAGCUUUUACAUUCUCCAAGCUAAAGCUUUGGAUAUUUUCGAGUUCAUUCAAGUGGAUUAUUUCAUCCUGAUUUUGUAUGUUUAAGAUGGGUUCUUAGGUACUCGACAGUCAAUCGUAACUUCGAUCCCGAGAUGGCAAUUCGUCUUAUGUUAUUCAUGAGUUAUCAUGACUGCAUUAUCUCUAGGCUAAAUAGAUGCAUGGGACAUGAUGUGGAAAAUUUUGAAUUGCACCCAUGUAAGCAGACACAACUCAAUAUUGUACAAAGGGUUGAUGCUUUCACCUGAAACCCCUAGUGGUCAAUACAUAAUAUACAUGCAUGAGACAAGAAAGAAUGUUAUUUUGUUUUCGACAUAAGGAUUGUGCAUGUGGUUGGUACCUUCAUUAUCUUCCUUUUUACAUAUGCUUGGAUUUUAUUAGUACAUUUUGUG